AUGGGUCGGACAAUAGUCUCUCUCAACUCGACACAUAAAUACCUCCUUCUUGCCAGCCAAUUCCUCAGCCAUCCAGUCCAAGCAAUCCUCAUUCGAACAUCAGUCAAACAUCAUACCCAAGCCCAAUCCACAGCCCAACUGAACAUGUCUUACUACUCUGGCACACCUCGCAGGCGAGGAGGAGGCUCGGGAGGCAGCAACUAUACCACAACCCCAGGUCGAGAGAGCAGCGGGUUGCACGCUGGCGGCUCUCUUACUUACGAAGUCCCUCCUGCAAUUUCACGGCCUUCUGACCCCAUUACGGAACCCGUCCCUCGACUGGACGGACCUCCUCCUCGUGCUUUGGGCUUCUCGUCGGCUGCCACCACGCCCAUGCGAGGACGAACAUCGGCGACCCCGUCUGUGCGGAGCUCGAGCUCCUCUUCAGCCGCCAGUCAGCACAGCAGGCCCGGCAGCGCAGCGGGUACGGGCAGGCCAGGUGGAAAUCCAUCACCUCCAAGGCAAGACGCUUAUUUAGCCCAGUUUGGUGGAGCAGGAUUGCCUCCCUCUCGUCCUCAAGGAAUGGUUGACAGUGUACACGCCCGUGCCGCAGCGCGUCGGGCUGAGCCAGCUCCGACUCCGACUCCGAACCCAUUCAACCCACUAGACCUACCUCCUGCUCCUCCUCCCGGGAUGGGACGACCAGGGGGGCCUCCACCUGCAGGACAUCCACCUGCGGGAUCUCAACCUGGGGCUUCAGGCCAAACCCCAAAGCGGCCAGGUCCGCACAGUCCUCCAGGCCCAAGCGGGCGAGGUGGGAAGAAGUAG